CUGGUGCGGCAAGUGCGCGCCAAGAUCGACGAUCUCGGCGUUACCUACAUCUACUAUCAGUUCGUUUCCGUCACCGGGCGGAUCGUCGGCAAGGGCAUCCCCGCCGAUCACUGGGAACAGAUCGCCGAGCGCGGCUUCCAGCUCGUCUACGGCUCGACAGCCAACCUCUUCACCGACCGCCACUCCAACUACAUCGGCUACGGGCCGGAAGCAUCCGAGCUGGUCGGCAUCCCCGACCCCGAGACCUUCGUGCAGCUGCCCUGGGACAAGCGCGUCGCGCGCGUCUUCUGCACCUGCUUCCGCAACCGGGAGGAGCGGGAGAAUCCGGGCGGGCACCUGACUUCCGAUUGCCGCGGCAAUCUGCGGAUCCUUCACGAGGAGUUCCAGGCCAAGCACGGGAUGCAGAUGCGCCACGGCACCGAGCCCGAGAUGAUGUGGCUCAAGCGCGGCGCGGACGGCAAGACCGACGGCGGCGUCACCAAGCCCAACUGCUACCACAUCGACCAGUUCGAGGAGCUCAGGCCGAUCUUCAUGCGGGUGAUCGAGUAUUCCCAGGCCAUGGGCUUCGACAUGAUUCAGGGCGACCACGAGGACGCGCCCGGCCAGCUCGAGCUCAACUUCACCUUCGACGACGCGCUCAGGACCGCCGACCGGCUCACCACCUAUCGCCAGAUCUGCGCCCAGGUGGCCCGCGAGCACGGCGUCAUCGCCUGCUUCAUGUCGAAGCCCUUCAUGGGGGUCUCGGCGAGCGGCUGCCAUCACAACGUCUCGCUCUGGAAGGGCGGCGAGCAGCGGGUCAACACGCUCCAUCAGGACCCGGUCGCCGGCAUGGACGACACCUUCAGCUAUUGGAAGGGCGGCGAGAACCUGUUCAUGCCGGACCCGUCCCUCGACUCCCACAAGCCCGGGCCGGUCGGCCUCAACUGCAUCGGCGGGGUGAUGGAGCAUCUUGCGGCGCUCACCGCCCUCGGCUCGUCGACCGUGAACUCCUACCGCCGGCUGUGGGAUACCGGCUUCUGGGCGCCGGUCUUCGCCGACUGGGGCUAUCAGAACCGGACCUGCGCCUUGCGCGUCUCGGCGCCGGGCCGCUUCGAGUACCGCUCGGUCGAUUCGAUGGUUAAUCCGUACCUGAUGGCCGGCGCGAUUCUCAAGGCCUUCGACGACGGGAUCACGCGCAAUCUGGACCCAGGCGAGCCAGAGGAGCGCAAUAUCUACCAGGCCAUGGAGGCCGGCAAGCAGGUGAAGAAGCUGCCGAUGUCGCUUGGCGAGGCGCUCGACGCGCUGGAGAGAGACGAGGUGAUCAACUCCGCGCUGCCGGACGAGAUGCUCCGCGUCUUCUUGCACUACAAGCGCGACGAGUGGGAACGCUUCAUGUCCACUGUCACCGAGUGGGACGUCGAGACCUAUCUCGACUGCCUGCCCUAA